GUCCACAAAAUGGAAUAUUCAACAUAUUCAGAUUAGAGAGACAAAAAUCUUCAAACCUCCAUUUCUCAAAAAAAAAAACAAAAAAACAUGGAACUAGGUUUGCCGGAAUCCGAAACCAAACCCCGGUUCACACUUCCGGUCGACUCCGAGAACAAAUCAACCGUCUUCAAAAUCUUCUCAAUUGCAAACCCUCACAUGCGAGCUUUCCACCUUUCAUGGAUUUCCUUCUUCGCCUGUUUCGUUUCAAGUUUUGCAGCUCCUCCUCUCCUUCCCAUAAUUCGCGACAACUUAAACCUAACCGCAACCGAUAUCGGAAACGCAGGAAUCGCCGCCGUUUCUGGCGCCGUCUUUGCCCGUAUAAGCAUGGGAACUGCAUGUGAUUUAGUCGGCCCCCGUCUUGCUUCGUCGUCUCUGAUACUAUUAACUGCCCCCGCGGUUUACUUUAGCGCCGUCAUCGAUUCUCCGGGGAGUUUUUUCAUCGUUCGUUUCUUUACUGGAUUUUCACUAGCUACUUUUGUGUCUACUCAGUAUUGGAUGAGUUCUCUUUUCUCGGCACCAGUUGUGGGGACGGCUAACGCGGUUUCGGGCGGUUGGGGAAACUUAGGUGGUGGAGCUACUCAACUUAUCAUGCCUAUUGUGUUCUCGGUUAUUCGAGACAUUGGUGCGGUUAAAUUCACUGCGUGGAGAAUUGCGUUUUUCAUCCCUGCCUUGAUGCAGAUGACAACCGCCUUCGCCGUGUUUUUUCUAGGUCAGGACUUACCGGAUGGAAACUUUCGGGAGCUUCAAAAAUCGGGGGACAAGCACAAAGACAAAUUCGGAAAAGUAUUGUAUCAUGCCGUGAGCAACUAUAGAGGAUGGAUAACGGCCUUAUCAUAUGGAUAUUGUUUCGGCGUUGAAUUAACCAUCGACAAUAUAAUCGCGCAAUAUUUCUACGACAGGUUCAACGUUAAUCUUCGAACCGCGGGGAUCAUCGCAGCGAGUUUUGGAUUAGCAAAUUUAUUCUCGAGGCCUGGUGGUGGAUGGUUAUCGGACCUUGUAGGUCGAAAGUUUGGAAUGAGGGGAAGGAUUUGGACAUUGUGGUUAGUUCAAACAAUGGGAGGAUUAUUUUGUAUACUCCUAGGAAAAGUCAACUCUUUAAGUGUUUCAAUCGUGGUUCUUCUCAUUUUCUCAAUCUUCGUUCAAGCUGCAUGUGGACUUACAUUUGGGGUAGUGCCCUUUAUCUCAAGAAGGUCAUUGGGUGUAAUAUCGGGGAUGACUGGUGGCGGAGGAAACGUGGGAGCGGUUGUGACACAAUUGAUAUUUUUCCGAGGAUCGCGAUUCAAAACCGAGUUGGGAAUUAGCCUAAUGGGGUUCAUGAUCAUAGGUUGUUCAUUACCAUUGGCUUUAAUACAUUUUCCUCAAUGGGGCGGAAUGUUCACACAUCCAUCUUCGAAAGGGAUAUCCGAGGAAGACUACUACAUGCGAGAGUGGAAUGAGGACGAGAAAAGUAAAGGAUAUCAUAAGGGAAGUUUGAAGUUCGCUAAUAAUAGUAAAAAUGAGAGAGGUAACUAGAGGACGGUUGAAUUUACAUAUCGUUUUCGCGAGUAUUUUGUAUCGUUGUUUUUCUUAAACUCGGUCUUAAUAGUUUUGUUGUGAACACUUGUAAUGUAUAAUAUUUAUUAGUGUUUUUAAUGAA